CCGUGGCCCCUCCCGCCACCGGGACUGGGUCUUCCCGGGGUCGGCAGCUGGCGUCUACUUCUCUGCGCUUUUCGGCGGCCUGGCACGUCAGCGCCCUCCGGCUCCCGCCCGGCCCUCUCCUGCUCAGCCCGGCGGCGGGGCCAUGGCGUGGCGGCGGCGGCGGCGGCCCGAGGCCCGCAGCGGGGCCCGCGGCGCGCUGGCGCUGCUAGCGCUGGCCCUGUGUGCGCCCGGGGCCCGGGGCCGGGCGCUCGAGUGGUACUCGGCCGUGGUGAGCACCGAGUACGUGGACCCGCAGACCAACCGGAGCGUGCGGACCGUCUCGGAGAGCGGCCGCUUCGGCGAGAGCUCGCCCAAGGAGGGCGCGCGGGGCCUGGUGGGCGUCCCGCGCGCCGAGGACCGCGACCCCGAGGGCUGCGCGCCCCGCACGCGCUUCCUCGUGCCCGGCGGCCGGGGCGCCGCGCCCUGGGUCGCGCUGGUGGCGCGCGGGGGCUGCACCUUCAAGGACAAGGUGUUGGUGGCGGCUCGGCGGAACGCCUCGGCCGUGGUCCUGUACAACGAGGAGCGCCACGGGAACCUCACCGCGCCUAUGUCCCACGCGGGAACAGGAAAUAUAGUAGUCAUUAUGGUUAGCUACCCCAAAGGAAGAGAAAUUGUGGAUCUGGUGCAGAAAGACAUUCCGGUCACAAUGACCAUAGGGCUCGGCACCCGGCACGUACAGGAGUUCAUCAGCGGUCAGUCCGUGGUGUUUGUGGCCAUCGCCUUCAUCACCAUGAUGAUUAUCUCAUUAGCCUGGCUAAUAUUUUACUAUAUACAGCGCUUCCUAUACACUGGCUCACAGUUUGGAAGUCAGAGCCAUAGAAAAGAAACAAAGAAACUUAUUGGGCAGCUUCCUCUUCAUACUGUAAAGCAUGGAGAAAAGGGAAUUGAUGUUGAUGCUGAAAGUUGUGCAGUGUGUAUUGAAAAUUUUAAAGGAAAGGAUGUUAUCAGAAUCCUGCCAUGCAAGCAUAUUUUUCAUAGAAUAUGCAUUGACCCAUGGCUUUUGGAUCACCGAACGUGUCCAAUGUGUAAACUUGAUGUCAUCAAAGCCCUGGGAUAUUGGGGAGAGCUUGAGGACACGCAGGAGACGCAUGCCCCAGAAUCGCCCCCCGGGGGCGUUUCGACUGCAGACCUGAGUCUGACUUUACCAGAUGGUGACAGAAGUGACGCGGGCAGCUCAGCGCCGCCCACCACCGGCGACUCCGCGCCGCCUUGCGAGGCCAGUUUUAAAGAGGACGCAGGUGAAAACACGGCCUUGCUGGAGACGAGCAGGAGUGACCCUCAGCGUGAAGGACCUGCCUCCUAGCGUAUAACCUGCCGGCAGUGUCACGGACAGAGCCUGGGCUUGAAUGAAAGGACAUUGUAGUUUUUUUACUUUAGCACCUAGUUUGUAUAUGUGAAAAUAAUGUACAUUCUUUUACCUUACAGGCUCUGAUUUGAUAUACAAAGGGCUAAGAUACUUUAUUCUUAAAGAGAAGUUUUGAGUAGUCUUCAUAUAUUUAUCUACUAAAGUGUAUCAUAAGAUUAAUUCUUUCCUCUCAAGGAUGGUUCUAGACUAAGCACAUUGAGUUCAGACUAGUUGAAAUGCAGUUGUGUGAUUAUAUUCAGUCAUUGAUCACCUGAGUUUCCCUGGAGGAAAGACUUCUUUAGAACAUUAAACUUGUAAAUGUGAUGAGAAUAAUCUGUCGUUUCCUUGCACCUCUGUACUAUAGAGAGAUUUCCAAACCUUAGAGCACUUUCAUUGUUGUUUUUUAUUUGGAGUUAUGGGAAAAGCACUGGUUGACUUUUAGGAUUUGCAUUUCUCCCUUUCAUUACCUAAUUUCUUCUAACAACCUUGAUGAGGAGGGAAGUUUUGUCCAUUUUUUUUCUAUACAAAUAAAAAAAGCUACGAUUCCGUAUUGCGCACGAGCAUGAAGUUCUUCAUUGCUUGUUAAAGAAAUGGAGUAGACAGACUCUGAUGGACUCUUAUAUGGCGUUUUUGGGGGUAAAUGAUGAAUAUACUGAUUCCAACUGCAGUUUAAUCUUUACAAUUAUAAAGGGUGGUAGAUGGGGACUUUCCAUUGCUGUUGUAACAAAAUAAACAAGUAACCGGUUUCCUUGAUUAAUUUUAAAGCAAACUUAAUGGCAGUGACCUUGUUUAAUCAUCUCUCCUCUUUACUCUUGUUUGCUGUUCUUCCUUGGCAGUGGAGGUGGAGGGAGUGGGCUGUUCAAGCUUUUGGGGCCGCUUUCUAAAUUGAUAAAGCAAUUAAACAGACACACACACUGUCUGUUCUCACUUCUUAGAGAUGAAGUCAAGGAUGAGGAAGAGAUUUUUUUAGAACUUGAAAUUGUAGCCCUUUGUCGUUUCCAAACUAGUUACUGUGUGUAUCUGUGUGGGUAAAAAUACAUGUUUAUUAAGAAUAUAUAAUUUUUAAAAUUUAAAUAAUUUAUUUUUAUAGCUGUAUCUAAGAUGUAAAGUUUAUAUAGCUUAUUUUUAUCAAACUACUUACUACACUUUGAUUCCAGCCACUCAGUGAAAUACUAGGUGAGUAAACAGUGUCUACCGAACGAAGUAAACUGAGGCCAGUUUCCAUGUGAGGAGCUAUUGGAAUAGAAGUUGUCUUACUUUGAGCUCUCAUUUCAAUAGUCAGCCUCAGUAGGUUUCCAUAACAGCAAGUAUCUUUGAAAUCCACCUUCUGUGGUGCAUUGUGGAUAGGAAAAUAUGUCCUUGAUUUUAUACUGAGUUAGACUGUUUGCUCUUUGUAUUUUAACACACACAGUAAGGGAAGAUGCUUUAAUUCUUCCCAGUAGCCAAGGAAGCUGACUUUUUUAAAAAUACUGUGACAGAUCAAGGUAAAUUGUUUUUGAUGAUUAUGGAAGUGUGAGUUCUUAAUCAGUGGCUGUCAGCUAGAGCCUUCCUUAAUUCAGAAGUUUGAACCCUAAUUAUAAAUAGAAGAGACUGGAAAAAUUAUAGUACUCUUAUCUCUAGAAACACAAGUCUUUAACAGCAGAUAAAGAAAUUAGCAAGAGAAGACAGAAAACUCUUCAGUACUUCGAAAAUGUUUCCUUUGAUACUCUUUUCUUAGGUGGAAGUAAACAUGAUAAAGAGUCAGAUAUUACUAGAAUUUUUGCUGAAAUAUAAACUUGAUAAAAUGCUGGGGAUCUGGGGAAUGUCAAUGAAGAAAGAUUAGUAAAUGAGAGAUGUAGUUAAGGUUAUAUUAUUUACGGCAGUAAUCGAUUUCCUUCUGACAAUUGUCAUGAAGACCAUUUCUUCACAAAUAAUGUAGAGACCGUAUUUUUUCUUUUUAACUGAGAGCCUCAGGCAGCGUGUGGAGGGCAGUGGACCCAUGGAUGUGAACACCAGCCUGCCAUGCUGCUCCCGGGCUUCCCAUCAGAAAGCCACGAUGCCCAGAGGGGAGGUGCACACACAGCGCCUGGAGCAGAUAAUUUGAAGAUAUUAAAGCUACAACAGAUUGGAACUAAAAGUCCAGAGAAUUCAAGGUGUGGUUUUUAAAAAACAUGACAGUUAAAAUGAACUCGUUUGAUGACACUUAAAAGUUGACUGCAGUUUAUUGAAUCCCAGGAUUAUUGUUUCUUUUAUUUCAGGUAAACUUUCUUCUACUUUUAAAUAUGUUUAGUGAAGAACUUUUUGCUGGUGGUGUAACUGUGUAUCUUGUAUUUUUAAAAAAAUGUUCUCUAAAUAUAAUUACUAUUCUUUGUAAGCUAUUUAAAAUAAAUUUGAAAACCUUUCCUCUGUCAAGUAAACACCAGUACUGUAAUCUGGAAACGAUGCGCAGUGGUCUGUCUUUAGUCUCAGGCCACGUCUGCACAUCUGCCCACCGAAGCACACUUGCAGCUCCAAAUCAGGCGUGUGUAGCACAUCUGCGGUGGCUCGUGGACACCCCGGGGGCAGUGACCGUGCUGAGCUGCUGGAUGCUGUCUUCUAGUUUCAGCUCAGACUGUCAGCAGGUGUCCUUUUGUGCUCUAUGUAGUCCCACGUUUCCAAAAUGUGCUUCUCGUUGGUGAUUUCAGUUUGGAACGGACCCCAGGCACAGUGUUGUCACCC